AUGUCACAGAAGCUUUGCGGGAUGGCAGGCGGUAAAGCUUCGGUCUCUUAUUUGACUGUAUCCACCUUUGUGAUCCUUGGAAUUCUGCUCAUCGCUAGACCAUAUGCGGCUGUCGCCAUCGCUGCGUUCGUCGUCGGCCUUGGAGCUGUAUAUCUUAGGCAACUGACAGGUAAAAAGACCAAAUCAGCCCUCACGGCCGAUGUUUUUCAAGAAUUUGAGCUUGCGAAGAAAACCAUUGUCAGUCACAAUGUCACCAUCUACCGGUUCAACUUGCCUACUCCUGAGUCCGUCCUCGGGCUCCCGAUCGGCCAGCAUGUCUCCCUCUGUGCAUCGAUUAGGCAACCAGAUGGCACCUUCAAGGAGAUAUCCCGGUCUUACACUCCCAUUUCUGGGGACGACCAGCCCGGCUCGUUCGACCUGCUCAUCAAGACGUACCCUCAGGGAAAUAUGACGCAGCAUUUGGCCUCCAUGACCGUAGGUCAGUCGAUUCGUGCCCGCGGCCCCAAGGGAAACUUCACGUAUACGUCAAACAUGGUCCGCCGACUCGGCAUGAUCGCCGGAGGCACGGGAAUAACUCCUAUGUUACAGAUCAUAGACGCCAUCAUGCGUGGACGAGAAAGCGGCGAUCAAACAGAGAUCGAUCUCAUCUACGCCAACGUCACAGUUGAGGACAUCCUCCAGAGCGUGAUUCUCGACAAGCAUGCGGAAGACCCGGGUAUCCGCGUCCAUUACGUGCUUGAUAGACCGCCAGAGGGUUGGGACGGGGGCAUUGGAUAUGUCACUGCCGAUAUGAUCACUCGAUGGCUCCCUGGACCUGCACCGGACAUCAAGAUUCUUCUCUGCGGGCCUCCCCCCAUGGUAGCCGCUUUGAAAAGGACAACAGAGAAACUGGGAUAUGAAAAGUCCCGCCCUAUCAGCAAGUUGGAAGAUCAGGUGUUCGCCUUUUAG